UCUGUCCCUGUGCCAAGAAUGUGAAAUGCAAUCCAAACACUUGAUCACAGAGCAGUUAUUUUAAAACUUUAGCCUCAGCCACUUUGAAAGCAACAUGGGAGCAGAGAAUACACGUUUCAAAGCGCAACUUUCUGGAAUCAAAACCAAACAGAUCAAAUUAACAGAUCAAUCCCCAAAUUAUUUACUUUGAACCGUAUUUUUGAAAGAAGUUACGCCUUUUGUGUGUGUGUGUUUGUUUUUGCAGUAUUCAUCGAUGUCUUUGCCUGUAGUUCUCCCGGGAUCUUGUUGCCCGGUGCCAGGGGUGUCGUUGGCUUUUCAGUCGGCAGAUCCUUCUUUUAGAUCUCGUUCUCGGUGUGUAGCGACUCGGGCUCUAGGGUCUCAGUCCCGGCUAUUCCCAGCUAUCCUGCCUGGCAGACCACUAUUAUCUCUUGGAUUGCUGCAGCUGGUGCUUGGUUGCUCCAUGGUCGCGCUGUCUUUUGGGGCUCUCUCUCUCAGUAGCUCGGCUCCUAUUAGGAAUUCUUGUCCAUUCUGGGCUGGCUCCUCGGUGAUCCUGUCAGGAAUCAUUGGGUUAACAACAUGGAGGAGACCCAUGUUACUGCUGGUGAACCUGUUCAUCUUGUUGUCCGUGGUCUGUGUGCUGCUCAACCUGGCUGGAUUUGUCCUGUGCUGUCAAGGGGCCCAGCUGGUCUCCAGCAUGUCCAGCUGUCAGUUGAGUGAGGACGUUUGCCUGUGCUGUGAAGACAGUAGCAAGUGCUCAGACUUGAAACAGUUAAAGCUGUACCCCGGUCAUUCCUGCAGUACUGUGCGUAUCCUAUUGAAGAAAGUCCUAUUUGCUUUGUGUGCUCUGAAUGCUCUGACCACUGCUGUCUGCUUAGUGGCUGCAGCCUUACGAUACCUGCAGCUAUUUGCAGCAAGAAGACCCUGCAUACAGGACGAGCCCCAUCCUGCUUCAGAAGAGGUGGAAGAACAAGCCCAUGUUCCAGACCUUGACGAGUUUGUUCCCCCUAUUCCACCACCCUCGUACUUCUCAACCUUUUACUCUUACACACCCCGGGUUGCACGCAGGAUGCUUGGUAACAGUGUGAUCCCGCUACCUCAUAUCUACGGAGCCAGAAUUAAAGGAGUUGAGGUCAUUUGUCCCUUGGACCCACCUCCACCGUAUGAAGCUGUGGCAAGCCCAUCGGGUAACAAUGAGCAGGUUUCAGAUCUACAGGUUUCAAAUCUAACAGAAGGUGCUUGUGAAUCCAUAGAGGCAAGCAACUGUAGUGAAGAUAGUGAUUCACAGAACCCCCCUUCACUUGCUGCACACCCAAAGCCAAGUCAAGCUCCUGUAACAGAGCACAGGAGAUCCUGUAGACGGGUAUUAAGAAGAUCUAUUAGUGACCCAGUGCUGCUGGACCUGGCUGCUAAAGCAGUAAUGAGCUGUGAAGCUGCUACUCAGACAGAAGCUCGUCCGGAGCUGGCGGCUGUCACCCUGAGGCGUAGUGGCAGGUCCCGCUGCCCCAGGCCGGCCAGGCCCACCUCCCUGGUGGAUUACCAGACCUACAGAGACACCAAGCAGCUCGUGGCCAGGUUCAUGGAGCAGUCCUCUUGCACCAUGACCCCCGAGGUCCAGGAGCUUGUGGACAACAUCAAAACAGUCCUCAAGUCAGAUGAGGAGCACAUGGAGGAGGUUGUGCUGAGUGCAAACGUCAUUGAUCAAAUAACCAGUUUGCAGCAACCUCCCCGGACCGUGCAGACUCUUCCCCUCAGGAAGCGUCCUGGAUUGCUGCACCUGCGGAGCUGUGGUGACCUGAGCACCUUCACCAGGGCAGAGUCCCAGCCAGCAGGGAGGCAAAGACAGAGAGGGGAGCAAGAUCGACCUCACAGCCUUAUUGGGGUGGUGCGAGAGACUGUGCUCUAAACCUGGCAUGUACAGUAUCAUACCCUGCCACCUGAAAGGAGAAAAAAGACCCAAAGGGAAAUGUGAAGGGCAAAUAUUUAUAGGCUCAGUUAGUUAAGUUGCUUUUAUGGGGAAAUACAUUGUUGGACUGUCUACACAUGUGCUGCCCCCAGACAGGUAGCCCAAUCCUGUAACGUCUGGAGGAAGCCUUAGGACAGUGUCCAGCAGUUGUGUCAUUUUCUAUAGGGCAGGGGGGUGUAGUUGAUCCAGACGAUCUAUAUGACAUUAUAUCUUCCACUUUUUGACCCCCUUCCAGACACAUAAUAUAAUCACAUAUAAGAUGGUAGAAGUUUUCUUCAUGAACUAAUAAAAUAUGUUUUUCAAACAUUCUUUUCUAAUCUAACCCAGAUCUGGAAUGAAGUCUGUGACGGUUGCUAUCUGAUGUAAUUGCUCGUGCUCAGAGUCUCAGGGCGUCUGUCGGCAGCAUUCAUUCAUUUUUUUAUUGAUAGUUCAUCAUUGUCCAGUGAUUAUAUCGACAACAAAGAAUUACAUUGCAUUCUAUUAUUUCUAUAAUAAUAUAAUAUUAUUGAUAGCAUGAUGAGUCAAAGGCAAAUGUUGGCUAUGUUUGUCAUAGCAAGUGGAAAACGGAAGAAAUUAAACACAGUGAGACAACAAGGAGGGAUUCACUUGCGGAAGAAGCUAUUAAUAUUUAUUUUGCCCAGCCAGGUAAAUUUAUUUAUACAUGCUCUAAAGAAAAGAUACCAUAGAUUUGAAAACGAGGCUGUGUAGGGCUGGGCUGUGCGUUUUCGGGUUUGCAUAGCUGCUCUAUAAACUCAUUGUUGUCUUUUUUACAGUGGAUUGGUAGAAAAUAAUAUUUAAGGUGGUACACUACUGUAUUAGAUACAUUAUAGUUGAAAUUUACUGUUAUAAUUACUGUUUUAAAAUGUUACAUUGCUUAAAUAUGCAUUUAUAUGGAAAUAAAUGAUUAGGCAAUGUUAUACAUGAAAAUCAAUGGUUCCCUAUCAAGUACGAAAUGUAACCAUUACCUAAUGGGUGUUUACCUCCGAAAGUCCCCAAAACCUGAAUAAUUAUAUCAAAGCUGCACAUUGUGAUGCAGUCAUGCCUGCUGCCAAGGGCAUAUAAGGACUGCCCGCACAGAUACCAGCAUCAUUUUUCCUUUGAGGACUGAACCUGAUGGGAGAGCCAUAGACAACUAAGUACUUAUCUGUUUAUUUUUACAGAAACACGAGCACAGCUGCUGGGCAUUGACUGAGAUACGCAUUUCAGCACAGAUGGCUUGCAGUCUCUCCUACUGUAUCUCAUUGCCGUUUUGGUGACUGCUUGCAGCACCAUUACAAAGGUUGUUAGGGCUCGAACAGCAGGCUUCCCUCAGUCUUGUAUGCGUCUGGACUGUUUGGGUUUGCCAGAAGAAAUAUAGGUUGGCAUCGCUGUAUAUGGCUUCUUGAGGUAACACGAACCGAGCAGACUUGUAGGUCACCGACCCGCUCCGUUCCCAACCCGGUACCCGUACCGAACAGUUAACGAGGUUACUGCACCGGUACCGUACCGACCUGGUGCAAGUCACCGAACCGUGUACCGAACACGCCGCUGUCUAAAGGCGCUCUCUUGGUAGACACAACCUGCCCAUCUAUGCCUAGGCGUAGCAUGGAACAGCUCACCGGCAUGGUCUCCACAUAAAUAUUUUGGAGCUGCAGGCAGUUCUGGCCUUGCAGAAAUUUUUGCAGGAGGUUGAAGGGAGACGUGUGCUUGUCCGUACAGGCAACACUACCGUGGUGGCUUAUAUAAACCACCAAGGCUGCCUCAGGUCUCCCGGUCUCCAUCGCAUAGCCCUCUCAAGGGGAGCUCCCUGCAUCUCAGAAUGGGGGCUUUACCCUGAGGUGGUGAGCCUCAUUUGGGAGAGGUAUGGGAGAGCAGAGUUGGAUCUCUUUGCCUCCCAGGAAUCGGCCCACUGUCCCCUAUGGUUCACCAUAACAGCAGACAGGGACCCACUGGCGAUAGAUGCCUUAGCACACCAGUGGCCGAGGCAACCGUUAUAUGCCUUCCCACCGCUCACCGUGAAUCUGCUGUGUCUGGAGAAAAUCAGGCAGGACUGGACCAGGGUGCUAUUAGUAGCCCCUUAUUGGCCCAGGAGACUCUUUUUUUAGCUCUGAUGCAGCUCCUGAGCAGCCAGCUGUGGGGUCUGCCUAAACGCUGCGACCUGCUCAGUCAGGUGCGGGGGACCUUGUGGCAUCCUGAUCCAUCAAGCCUACAGCUCUGGGUCUGGCCCCUGAACGGCUGCAUUUGAGCCGUCUGGGGUUUUCUGAUAAGGUAAUUGACACCUUGCAGAAUGCCAGAGCAGCGUCCAUGCGUUUCCAGUACAAGUGCGACGUCUUUCAGACGUGGUGUUUGCCUCUGGGUUUUGACCCCACUACCUUUCCCAUGGCAGUUAUACUGCAAUUUCUGCAGGACCUGUUUGACGGGAGGAAAUCCCCCUCUAGAUUUAGGUUUGUCUGGCAGCUAUUUCAGCUUGCCAUGUCAAAAUUGACAGUCUCCCCAGGAGCUCACUUUCUGGCAGGACAAUUUUUGAAAGGAGCUCAGCAGCUUCGGCCAUCUAUGAAGGAUAUUGGUCCUCGUAAGAGGCUUAAUGUGGUGCUUGAGGCACUCAUGAAGCCUCAAUUUGAGCCCUUGCAUUCAGCUGAGCUGGAAUUUGUAUCGUUCAAAGCGGCUUUCUUGCUUGCAAUAACGUCUGCUAAGCGGGUGAGUGAGAUGCAAGCAUUUUCAAUUGUGAAAGCCUGUUUAAUUUUUGCAGAAGCCAGGACAAAGGUUGCGCUUCGUACCAAUCCUGCUUUUUUGCCGAGAACUAUCUUGGCAUGUCAUGUCAACCAGUCUGUGGAAUUGGAGGCUUUCCAUCCACCUCCUUUCCAGUCAGGGAGCAACAGCUCCAUACGCUCUGCUUGUGUGGGCAUUAGCAUAUUAUGUUGACAGGUCAUAAAGUUGGAGGCAGUCUCAACAGUUUUUUGUCUGUUAUGGGGCGGCGUCCCAUGGUCAAGCCCUGUCUAAACAGAGGCUAUCGAAACGGCUCAGUGCCCAUUCCAUCAGGGGCAUGGCAACUUCGUGGACUUUAUUCCAGGGUGCAUCUGUCACAGACAUUUGCAAUGCAACGAUGUGGGCUACUCCCCAUACCUUUACAAGGUUCUGUAGACUGAAUGUCAUGGAUCCACAUAACCCUGGCUUUGGAACUAGAGUAUUGAGGGCAGCUUCAGGGUCGACCCUUACAACAUAAUACAGAGGUGGGUUUCUCCCUCAAUAUUUUAGCCCUAGCUACUGGUUACUAGGGGUUCCGUAUGGUAACGCACAAGGCAGCCUCUUGGCUUAGCCUUGUAGUAUUCCAAUCGUUCUGCAAUUUGCCCUUGCAAUGGCUUUGGUACACUCACCCAUACAGUAAUGGUUACAUUUCGUACUUGAAAGGGAACACUAGGUUAUAUCAAAACCCUGGUUCCCAGAAAUAUAAAUGCAACUAUUAACCUUCAAGGUCGCUGCGUCCAUGAUUGCAGCAUGCUUGAAGGAAAAAUGAUGCUGGUAUCUGUGCGUGCAGUCUUCUUAUGCUCUCGGGGGGGCGGGCAUGACUGCGUCACAUACACUGGCGUGCAGCUUUGAUAUAAUCUAUUCAGGUUUGGGGUCUUUAGGAGGUAAACACCCAUACAGUAAUAGUUACAUUUCUAUUUCAGGGAACCAGUGUCAUGAUAAUAACCUAACGAUUUCUUUUUCCAACAUAUUUUCGCUUGUAUGCAAAUGUUGGUAUUGGUUUGACAAAAACAUUAGACUUACAGGUGGGUGUUGACAAAUUUCCCUAGAUGAAAGCGAGACACUACCUCCUGUUUUUUUUUUUGUUUAUUGGUGAUUAUCCGUGUAAACAUGUUAUUUAAAACAUUGCUACAUAUUUCUACUUCACAGACGUGUGGUGCUUAUUUAGCAGUUUAUGUUAAUUGGUUCAGAUUUGGUACAGGGUGUCAUUCUUUGUGGAAAGCAGGUGAAAUGUAUCAAAUUUAACUCGAGGUUGUAAGUAUGUAUCAAGUCUGGUGAGAUGUAUUUGGAUGGGUGCUGUAAAACUGCAUUUAAGCUGCUUUUUUCACUGAUCUGAAAUAAGAGUAGUCUAAGGUCCCUAGCUGUUACUCUAUAACGAUUUAAAAAACGAUGUUGUACAGCUGUUUGUUUAAUGUAGCAGCAGUUACAAUAUGAAACUGUGAAAUGUUUACUUAACUGGGAUAUCGGAAGCUGGCAGCAGAGCAGUUUGGUUAAAAUUAAAGCCUUUACCCACUUUUAAAACACAAAGGUUUCAGUGAAAACGACGACCGUAACGUUACACUGUUUACUACUAUAAAAUGAGACUUAGUGGAACAACAUUUUCGAGUUUGUUAUAAACCAGUGCUGUGCUUUAAAAAUACUUGCAUUGUACAUUUUAUAUAAUUUAUUUUAAGAAUAAGAACGAUGUUGACAAAGCGCAGCACGCUAUCUCGUUGUAAACUGGCCCAAUUACUGCCUGUUUCUUCUCAUUCAUGAUGCUAUUUGGGACAGAGAAUGUUCAAUGUUGACACAACUUUGACCCCCCCCCCCCCCAAAUUAUUCUGGUGUUCAGGCUACACUGGUGAUCUUUAAACUUGGGGGUUGUUACACUGGUUUUGUUUUCUCUGUAAAUUUGUGAAUUUUCUAAAAACACUGGAUAAUUAUAUUAGUAUGGCAUAGCACACCAUACAAAAUAAUACCCUGAAAUGAACAUUUCAAAUCUAAGCCUUUAUUUUUUCCAUUAAGAGGUGCUGCAACCUUUAAUGGUCCCAUCAAGGUAAAUUCAAAACAGAAAUGAGCUUACAGUACCAAUCAGAUGCUUGAUGUUAUAGGAACCUACUUGAUUUAAAAAAAAAAAAAAAAAUUGUUAAUUAACUUUCCCGUCCCUCUGAGUUAGCUGCACACAAGGUGCUUUUGAAAUGAAUUUGGGGAUCCGUCUGGGAAGGUAAACAAAGGAAUGCAACAUAAAAAAGCUGUUCAUCUGAGAGAGUGACCUGAAGUGGAUGUGCUGUAUAACAAAAGAAAGGAGCAUUUUGUUCAUCAUAUUAAAAAAAAAAUAAUUAGUGUUAUUGUAUAUGUGUUGUUUUGAUUGAUACCUAGGAUCUAUUGAAUGCAGUACAGUAGUUGCUUGUUUAGUUGCCUGUUGCUUUUCAAUGUGGUGUUGCUUGGUAAUGUAUGUACAGUAUAAAGGGAGGAGAUUCACUAUAAACUUUACUGCAUUAUUACCUACAUUACUUCACAUUUCAAAACUGGCCAGCAGUCAUUUGCAUUCAGUCUAGAGCUCAGUGCAUGUUAGUGCAAGAGUUUUUGCUAGGAGUGUGUGCUCUGACAUCAGCAUUCAAACACAAUUGACUUUUUUAUAGUAUAUUGUUCAGUAUUCCUUAGGCCAGUCUAUGGUGCAACACAAUUCAUUAUUGUACUACUGUAUAUAGUUGCAGAUAAAAGUAUUUUGGCAGUUAAAAGAGAAAAACCACAAAGAAAGGGAUUUCUGUAAUUUCUAAUUGUUCUAUUGAAAGAUAUAAAUUAGAGAUUUUGCUUUAUAAUAAAACAACUUAUUACAUACCAUUCAUAAAAUGAAAAAUAACAUGCAAAAAUGAAUUUCAUACUUUGACAAAAGUAUUUGGGCAAUCAGCAUAUUUUGUAUGAAACCCAUUUGUUGCUAAUUACUGAAUUAUCAUGAUUGAAAACAAACACCUGGUGAUAAUUAAUUAUAAAAUAAAUAAAUACAUAAUCAAAUGCUGAAAAAUAAAUUGGUGUGAUUAAAAAAGCACCAAAAAAUGUUAACUAAAGAGUACAGCAAUGAUUUGAAAAUGGCAGUGAUACAACUAAACAAAAAAGGAGAAACUAUCAGAAAAAUAGCAGAAAGACUCGGUUUACCGAAAAGCACUGUGUGGGCUGUUAUUGACAAAGGAGAACAGGAACUACUGCAACUAGAAAUAUUUCUGCUAAAUCUGGAAGAAGAAUCGUUCCAGCAGCCCGGCAAAAUCCUCGGAUUACUGCAAAAGAUUUGACACAAUAAUUGAGAGAAGGUGGUCAAGAAAUUUAUGAACGAACAAUUCAACAAUACCUUAACAAGAUGAAUGUCCAUGGGCGAAAACCAAGAUGCAAACCUUUGUUAAAAACAAUACAGGAAAGAAAGUGAUUGUAGUUUUUCAUUGAAUACUUGAAGCCUGAUUUCAUUUCUCAUUUGUUACCAAGUACUAGAAGACUUAUUGGACAAAAAUUUGUAUUCCAGCAGGAUAAUGACCCUAAGCAUUCUGCAAAGUCUACAAAGGAAUUUCUGAAAAAUGAAGAUUACAGUUAUGGAUCUCAGUCCCCAGACUUGAAUCCCAUCAAGAUGUUGUGGAUUGACUUAAAGGCUACUGUUGCAAAAAGGAAACCAAAGUCGAUUGCUGUCAGAAGCUGUAUGUGUUGAAGAAUGGGCAAAAAUAUCUCUGGAAAGAUGCCAGGAACUGGUUUCAAAAUACAAAAAAAUACUGCAAGCUGUAAAGGAAUCAAAGGGUGGACACACAAAAUACUAAUGUAAGGGUGCCCAAAUACUUUUGUCACAGUAUGAGAUUAGUUGUUGCAUGUUAUUUUUCAUUUUAUGCAUGUUAUGUAAUAAUUUGGUGUUUUAUUAUAAAGCUGAAUCUCUAAUUUAUAUCUUUCAAUAGAACAAUUAGAAAUUAUAGGAAUCCCUUUCUUUGUGGUUUUUCUCUUUUUUAUUAACUGUCCAAAUACUUUUGUCUGUGACUGUAUGUAUUACAUACUCCACACUGACAGCUUUAUAGGGAAAAUGAUAUCGCAGUACUUCAAUAGAUCAUUGUUAUUGUAAUUGUGCAAUCUAGCUGGUUAAUUGUCUUUUACUGUAUCCAAGUACCUUAGUGUAAAUACAGCUGUGUGCGAGUGUCAUAGUUUUCUAUUAUUGUUUAACCCAUGUUGAAGCAUGUUGGUUCACUGGAUAAAAAAAAGAAGUCAGUUGACAAGUCCCACUGUUAAAGAAACUUAUUGUAAUUUGGAAGCUUUUCUUUCUCUUUACACAAUAUUUAUCAUGUGUUCUUACAGUGGAAGAGAAUAACAUGGAUCUAUGCAGUGUAUUACCACUUUAUUGUAAGCACUAGAAAAUAAAUGACAUUGUGUUUGCUAAGAA